CCCCACCACCCAACCUAACUGCAACGCUCGAUUCCAUUCGCUGCUUCUUCUCGUCGCUGUAUGACAUAAACUACGGCCGCUGCUGCUGCUUCCACUUCGUCUCCUCUCACCUUGUCGACAACCUAAAUCGGGUGUCCGUAUUUGUACACUCGCACAUUCGCAACAGUCACUCGCCGGCCCAACCCAUCAUCCAUCUGUAACUGCGGAGAGCAUCGUGCCUAUUCCCUUCUACCUGGCCUCAGUACCCAGGCUCCACGUUAACAAGACCGCAGCUCGCAACUCUCGCAAAGGCCCACACUCGUUCAUGCACAAUACCACCGCACGCCCCCGGUCCUCCUGCGUCUGUGUCUGCAACUCUCCUUUAGGGCACAUAUAACCUGCAGCUAUCUGCUUUACCUUACAUUACAUUGCCCGAACCCAUCCUAGAACCUGUCGCCGUCGCCGCUCGACUCGCCCUCGAAUUGUCCUCGCCUGCGGUCGAAAUGCCCUCGUAGCCCAACCUCGAUCACAACGCCUCGUCCCACCUCAAUUCAAUCAAUGCUCCUGCUGCCGCCCGUCGAGCCCCAUUGCAUCUCAUUGCUUUCGCUCCUGCCCUCGGAAUCCAGCCCGAAGGUCGUUUGACGUCUGGCUCCCGCCCCCGCAGCCACGCCACGCCCACCCUCACCGCCUUCUGUGCCGGCAUACCCUUUGACGCUCGUUUGCCCUUCCAGGGGUCGCCCUCGCAGCUCAAUUGACGGCUUCAGCUACACCCAUCUUCAAAUUCAUAAGCUCUUUGGACGACAUUCUACCCAAUCCUUAAGCAAACGUCGUCAUGCUCUUUGCGAAAACGAAACAUUCCGCCGCCGCCGUCGUAUCUCCGUUUAAGCCUCAGUUCACUCUGUCCCUUUGCUAUUAGUCGCCAUUUGCGCCGCCCAUCCUAUCAUUGAACACGCCCGACCAACCUACUGCGCCUUUGCUUGACACUCACUGUAAUGUAUUAUAUUUUUCUAAUCACGGCUCAUAAUCAGUCUUGACACUGGAACACCAAGCGUUUAAUCCGAACUUGACUGAGCGCGCCUGAGUCCUGGCUCCUUUCUCGGCCUAGUUGCACUCGCCAUUUUCACCUUUGGCUCACUUCUAGCCUCUUCAAUCUCAUCGCUUUCCAUUUGCUGGUUCACAUUCUUCCUGGAAGACUGAACUGGGGCAAAAAGAAUUUACUAGUUUACUGAUAUUAAUCAGUCACUCGCUCACUCAAAAUAGUCACGACUGACUUUGGUGCCCUAUCCGGCACAACCCCCCGGAAUCGCAGCCUGGUUCCCCUCAUCUAGUCCAUCCGCACCAGAAAUCUCAAUGGCUUCCUCCGAGGUGGAUCAGAAGUUCCUCGGCAAAUGGGCGAAAACCGUGGAAAACGACAAUCCGCUCUUGUCCUCGAUGCUCUACAAGAUCCUCGGUCUCUCGCUCAGCCUAGCGGAGCAGCUCGUUACGGCUAAGAAACAGCGCCGGCCCGAAGCGUCUCGAACGCCCCAGUCUCUCGAUCUCAUCUUUCACAUCAUCUGGCUGUCAAGAGAAGGUCUAGUCAUGCUGCAGCAAUAUGUCAUUCCCAUGGUUGGAAACCACACUGAGCUCCGUGUGCUGGCGUACAAGCUCCGGGCCUCGUUUUACCACAUCUUCGUCCUGUUCCACAACAAACCUGUCGUGUCUACAAUGGGCAUCGCGACCCCCGACACCAUGGCUGAUUUCACGCCACCGAGGCUAGACAAGGGCAAGGGAAUCGCACGGGAGGAUUGGAACUCUUCACAGGGGUCAAUACAGCCGACACACGCCCUCGAGGGCGGACCGGUGAACCCUCCGCCAGGGUUUGCUCCCCGAAGCGGAUCGGGCCUCCCCGCCGCCUUCCUUGAGCCACCGAGGGAUUACCUCCCCGAGGCCCACAAGUACUUCAAGGAGGCCAUUGCUCUGGCCGACCAGCAUCUCUGGGGCUCUCACUCACUUCGACUCUCGGUCAAGACGGAGUACGCUGCCUUCCUCUAUGAUUGUGUGCACGACACCGACGGGAGUCGGAAGCUAGCCAAAGAAACCAUCUCCGAGGUCUACGAGGCGACGGAAGGAAUGGACGACGACAUGUUUUCCGAUGCCUGCGAGCUGGUCACCGUUUUGGGCAAGAUGAUGAAGCGGGGGCUCGGGUCCAGCAACAACACGUUAACUAAGGGGACCAGCCCCAGUCCGGCCGCACCGCCAGGGACCACCAUGGCGCCGGGCAUGGAGAAUCCCAUCUGAAUACCUAAUCGGACGAGGGCCUCACUCUGUCUCCAAAAGAUGCAAAUCAUUCACACUUAGGCCCGACAGCGUAAUCCGAGUAAGAAGAGGAAGAUGGCACUGUUUGAGAUACCAGCACCUUUUAGUAUUCCCUCGAAAGGCAGCAAACAAGACAGUCGCAUCCGAAGCUGAAGAUUCCACCCAGUAUUUGUGUGGCCUAGGUCUGGAGGCCGACUCGUGGCCUCUGCUUGAGACUCUUGAGGCACGAAAUCCCGGCUUGAAGAUCCAGCUACAGCGUUGCUUUUAAAUCGAGCCGCCAAGGGGAAGUCUCUGGGAGACGAUCCCGCCCUUUGGCAAUACCAAUCUCAGUUCCAUCAGGUAGCAUAUUGAGUGGCGCAUCGUGCAAUACAUAAUAGGAUAGUGAGACUUGGCGAUUUCCAAGGCUUCUACGUGUACUUUUACAUCUUGGACAUGGCAGGCGCGAGCGUCAUCUCGCAACGGGCGUUUUCGUUUUGUUUUUGUUUUUGAAACGCCACAGAAAGAUAGUUGUAAGCUGUAAUUAUUUAUUUCGAUGAUACCACGAUAAACCGACCCGCGUAGUCAGUCGAUGGAUCAAAUGUGCCUCUCCC